UUGCUCUUAAGCCACCAUGCACCAACCAUCACAAUUCACAAAGUAUCUGCAUAAAGCCUCCUUACACCUCACACCUUACUCCAAAGAGCUAAAUAAAUGGUGCUCUUCUGUAGCGGAUACUUGAUGGUAUAAAAGGGUCUAGUUGAAGAAUAUAGACUGAUGCUAUUGAAUUUGGUCAAUACGAUCAUACAAAUCAAUGACAAAGACCAAGUGCUGGUUUGGUUGGAUGGGGAGGCUCUUUAAUUCUCAGGCGAAAACAAAAGUAGAAAAGAAAUUGAAGAAGCUGAGAUGGUCUUUUGAAAAGUCUAGAUGUAAGCAGUACCCUGCACUGAUAGCACCACAGAAGACACUGAGGGAGGCAACGGAAGAGCAGAGAAAGCAUGCUUUGACUGUUGCCAUUGCAACAGCUGCUGCUGCUGAGGUUGCAAUGGCUGCCGCCCAUGCUGCGGCCGAGGUUGUCCGGCUCACCAGCGCUUCUCACUCUUGCAAGCGUUUCACAAAGCAAGCUAGAAAUUUGGCUGCCAUUAGGAUUCAAAGCGCUUACCGGGCACAUCUGGCAAGGAAAGCAUUGAGAGCAUUGAAGGGACUGGUGAGACUUCAAGCCAUAGCUCGUGGGCGAGCAGUGAGAUGCCAAGCAGUCUCAUUGAAGUGUUUGCCACCCGCUGCAAAAAGACAGGCAGAGGUCCAGAAAAGGAGCAGCCCCACUGCAUUAGGGGAUACAAAAGAGUUUUUCAGGGCCAAAGAGGAGUUGGAUGAAAAGGAAACAAAGCUUGAAUGCAGCAGUCAGAGAAGCUGGGACCGCAGCACACUUCUGAAGGAAGAUAUGGAAGCCAUAUGGUUAAGAAAACAAGAGGCCAUCAUCAAAAGAGAGCGCAUAAAGAAAUAUUCAUUUUCACACAGGGAGAGAAAAAAUGCUAGAGUGCUGGAAGAAUCAGAGGAGGAGAAGGAAUUUGGAAGGAGGAGCUGCAGGUUAGAACAGUUGCUAAACAAAGAGGCUUUUGAAGCAGCAGCAGUUUCAGUGCAGGGUGAAAGGUAUGCAGGAACACAAAUUAAAGCCAGAAAUGAAGGAAAACAAGAUUGUCUAGGAGAAGUACUGGAUUCACAGUGGUCGUUCCCAAGGAGAUCUUUCUGUCACAUGAAGCAGAAUUCAGCUGGGAAUGAUAGUUUGAUGCCAAAUUCUCCCAUUUUUAGAACUUACAUGAGUGCAACAGAAUCUACUCAGGCAAAAGAAAGAUCCUUAAGCACCCCAAAGCAACGCACAGAAUAUGUGGAUGGGCUUUCCCUUUGGUCUUCUUUUGAUGGUGAAUCCAUUGCUUCCAACGAGAAGAGAGGAGUUCCCUCAGCAGAUUUCUAUUAGCAUGAAGAGUUAAUUACUAAAAUCUUUUUUCCUUUUUUUGGAGUCUUUAUUACUAUUUUAUAGGAGUUUGGUGUUGUUACUUGUUCUAUGAACUCGAUAAAUUGUGUUAAAAAGGAAAAAUCCGUGGGAGA